AUGAGCUGGGCGCUGGGCCGCUGGCGGGCGCGGCGCUCCCUGCGCCUGCCUGGCCCCCGGAGGUGGCUGGCGGGGCGGCGGGGUCCGGAGGGCGCGGAUCCGGAGGGCGGGGGGGCCAUCCCCUUCUCCGCCAGCAAGGCCAGCCCGCGGGUGUGGAGCGUCAGCCGGUCCAUGGGGAGCGACCACGAGAGGCCGUGGGGGACGGUGCUGCCUCUCAGUCUGCUGUGCACGGGGCUGCUGCUCUGGUGCGUGUUCAGGGAAAAAACGGAGAUUGACGAGCGACUGGAAGCGGUCUUCUCCGGUGAGAUCGCGGACGCUGUAGACGUGGCCCAAAAAAGCAACGCUCGCUUGCAGCCGCGGAAGGAGGAGUGAGGACGGGACGGCGGCUGCAGUGAAGGAGCUGCCAAAAGUUUGCUGGCGUUCACCCGGCUGAAAGCUGUACGGACGCUUUAAUGGGAAAACUUACUUCUCCAGCCUGGCGGCAGCCUUGUCUUGCAAGCGUGAUCCCUUCACGUAUCGCGCUGCUGCCUGUGCUGGUCUUAGCUUAGUAAUUUACACCGGCAGUGCAAGGAGUAGUUUCUUCCGGCAUUGCACAGCAGGGAGGAACAGGAGGUUUUGCAAAUCAGCUUGCGCUUGAAGACACAUUUUAUACAACCCAUCUCUUCUCCACGGAUUAUUUUCCUCAGAUGCACAGUGUAUUAAAAUAGCAAAGUUAUAAGUAUGUAAAAUUGCUGCUGAAGGUGACCUUCAUUUGACACUUUGUUAGUCACAGCGUAUGUUCAACUUAUAUUGAAGACAACUGUAAGUGUAUGAUUCAUUAAUACGUGAUUCUUUGUGUUCUGAUUUUUUUUUUUUUUUUUUUUUUUUGUAAUUCUACUGAAUAACAUAGAAAUUACUUUCUUCAACCCUUA